UUCCGGCAAAGGCGGAAGUCCUCCGGUGGCGGACCGGGAAGUAGCUGUAACCUGGGCGAUGGCAGUUCUGGAGGCCUUGGUCCCCGGCCGACCCGAGGCUACGGCGCCCCCGCGAUAGUAGACAGGAGCAGGGCGGCGGGCUCUGGGUCCCCGGGGGAAGCGUGUCGAGUCGAGGGUGGAACCAGGACCUCAGGAGGGAACCUGGGACCCCGACGGGGCCUAUUGCCCCCGCUCCCUGCCGGGGGCUGUGAACUGCCCUGGCCGGGCGCCUUAGGGAUGGAGGGCUCCAAGACUUCCAGCAGCACCAUGCAGGUCAGCUUCGUGUGCCAGCGCUGCAGCCAGCCCCUGAAGCUGGACACGAGCUUCAAGAUCCUGGAUCGUGUCACCAUCCAAGAGCUCACAGCUCCAGUACUUGCCACAGCCCAGGUGAAACCAGGAGAGACCCAGGAGGAAGAGGCCAACUCAGGAGAGGAGCCAUUUAUUGAAACACGCCAGGAUGGUGUCUCUCGAAGAUUCAUCCCCCCAGCCAGGAUGAUGUCGACAGAAAGUGCCAAUAGCUUCACUCUCAUCGGGGAGGCAUCCGACGGCGGCACCAUGGAGAACCUCAGCCGAAGACUGAAGGUCACUGGAGACCUUUUUGACAUCAUGUCGGGCCAGACAGAUGUGGAUCACCCACUGUGUGAGGAAUGUACAGACACUCUCUUAGACCAGCUGGACACUCAGCUCAAUGUCACUGAAAACGAGUGUCAGAACUACAAACGUUGUUUGGAGAUCUUAGAACAAAUGAAUGAGGAUGACAGUGAAAAGCUCCAGACAGAGCUGAAAGAGCUGGCAUUAGAGGAGGAGAGGCUGAUCCAGGAGCUGGAAGAGGUGGAAAAGAACCGCAAGAUAGUGGCAGAAAACCUGGAGACGGUCCAGGCUGAAGCUGAGAGACUGGAUCAGGAGGAAGCUCAGUAUCAGAGGGAAUACAGUGAAUUUAAGCGGCAACAGCUGGAGCUGGAUGAUGAGCUGAAGAGCGUAGAAAACCAGAUGCGUUAUGCCCAGAUGCAGCUGGACAAGCUGAAGAAAACCAACGUCUUUAAUGCGACUUUUCACAUCUGGCACAGCGGGCAGUUUGGCACAAUCAAUAAUUUUAGAUUGGGUCGCCUGCCCAGUGUUCCUGUGGAAUGGAAUGAGAUCAAUGCUGCUUGGGGCCAGACAGUGUUGCUGCUCCAUGCCCUGGCCAAUAAGAUGGGCCUGAAAUUUCAGAGGUAUCGACUUGUUCCCUAUGGAAACCAUUCAUAUCUGGAGUCUCUGACAGACAAAUCUAAGGAGCUGCCGUUAUACUGCUCAGGGGGGUUGCGGUUUUUCUGGGACAACAAAUUUGACCAUGCGAUGGUGGCUUUCCUUGACUGUGUGCAGCAGUUCAAAGAAGAAGUGGAGAAAGGCGAGACACGUUUUUGUCUUCCUUAUAGGAUGGAUGUGGAGAAAGGCAAGAUUGAAGACACAGGAGGCAGUGGCGGCUCCUAUUCCAUCAAAACCCAGUUUAAUUCUGAGGAACAGUGGACAAAAGCUCUCAAAUUUAUGCUGACAAACCUUAAGUGGGGUCUUGCUUGGGUAUCCUCACAGUUUUAUAACAAAUAACUUUCUUUUUUUCUUAGGGGGAUUUUUGCCUUAAAGGCUUGUAUUACAUUUUGUUUGCAAAAAAAAAAAAGUUUUAAAAUUCGGGUACAAUAUAUUAAACAGCAUAUGUUUACAGUACCAAAAAGAAAAUCAGAAGCCACUUUAUUUUAAAAUAUGACAAGUUUCCAGAACUACAACAUGCCAUGUAUAGUUACCAGUGUUUGUUGUAGCAUUUCCCUCUUAAUUCCAUGCCUUCUUUUCCUCUUGCUCCUCAAAACUAAUUUAAUUUUUUAAAACUGAGUUGAAUUGAGAUUGAUGUGUUUUCACUGGGUUUUAUAUCUCUCAACUUCCUGCAUUUAUUAUAUGAAAUAGGAACUUUUGUUUUCACUGAGACGAUGAAGUUUGUGAGACAUAGUUGAAUAAAGAAAACACACAAAAGUUGAUGUGUUGAGCAGCUUGAAAUUGAACACUUCUCUUGGGUCUAAUAGUGAAUGCCAUUUAUACUCUGUGUUAUAGACAUGAAAUAAGUUUCAUGUUGUUUGAGAUCUUAUGGAGAGAUUUAAUUAUUUGUAAUAAAAGAUAUACUGCAAUCUAUUACUGUCCAA